AUGCGAUUCGGCCACCUCUUGCUGGUUGGUGGCAGCGCUCUCCUCGCUGUCAGCUGUGACGCCACAGCGGCGUCGACUGCGAACCAAGUCCCAAGCUCUCGCCGUCUGAGGACCGAGGUGAAGAAGCUGCCCGCGAGCUAUAUCCAGGGGCUCAUGCACAACGACGACCAGCUCAAGACGGCACUCAACGCCUGGAAACAGGGCAAAGUGACCACCAAAGGCCUUGCCGAGUCGCUGGAUCUGAGCCAGAACAAGAUCAAGUGGAUCCGCAGGAUUCGCAACCGCAAGAAGAUCGACGAGGAGAUCCUGCUGCAGAUGUUCCGCGCUCGCAUGGGCCAGUCGCCGGGUGUGGCGUUGUUCGUGAAGGCUUCCGCUUGCGUGCUGAUCGUGUGGAGCCUCAACUACCAAUGGGUCGGUACUGCGUCGCUCGCGGAUGACUGGUACGCGUCCACACGCUGCAACGAGAGGUCCUCCUCUGCUGCGUGCAUCAGCUAUGAGCGGUGCAAGGCGACGCACCGCUGCGCGCGAGGCGACGAGGACUACGAGAUCAAAGCUGCGGAGCUCAGGAGCUUCGCGAGGCAGUUCGCGGGCGGCGAGCGACAGCAGAUCGCGCUCGUGAACGACUUUGAGGACUGGAAGUCGGGCACCCACCACUGGCGAUUCCAGAGCGGUCGGAACGCCAGCAACAGCAGAAGCGACUACGCGGACGCGAUGCUGGAGCCCACAGAGUGGAUGGGCUUCGACUCCUUCAGCUUCCCCGUGAUCGGGUCGCUGGAGCUGGCGUCGGGCUAUUUGGUGUUCGACACGGACCGCGCCAAGCUCUGGGGCGACGUUCAACUCGAUGGGGUCGUGACGACCACCAGACUCGGAGGCACUUCGGUCGCAGUCUUUAACUUCAUGACUGUGUACCUCGGAGCGGACGUCCGCGUGCGGUUCCAAGGCAGUCGAGCGUUGGCGAUCCUCAGUCGCAGCAGCUUCAUUGUGGACACGGAGCUGCGCGUUCGACCGGGCACGCUCGGAGGCUUCCCAGGGGGCGGCUUCAUCGGCUCCGGCACGAGUUUCUCAGGGGUGAACAACAACCAGAACGGACCGGGCAGUGCGAGCGUCCGCGUGUAUGUGAAGUCGCUGUCGACGUGGGGCAAACACGUGCCGGAAGUGCAGGAGAUCGAGACGUCGGCGGCGGCGGGGCAGAAGCUGCAGGGCCACUUCGUGUUGCGAUAUCCAAGUGCUGGCAGUAAGGGGCUGACCUCAGAGACCAUCGCGUACGACGCCAGCGCCCUGGAUGUGAGACGCAGACUGGAAACCGCGUUCCCGGACAUCGGAGAGCUGAAUGUCGAGCGAGAUGACGCUCUCGAACAGGUGCCGGAGAUCGGGCGACUGUGGCGCGUGACGUUUUUGACUGCAGUGGGGAACGUGCCGCAGCUCCAGGCGCAGAGUUUCCUCUCUGGCCUCGAGUCGAAGGUGGUCACGCGCACAAUCGUGGACGGCAAUGAGUUGUCGGGGUCUUUCCAGUUGGGGUUUCUGGGGAGAACCACUCGGUGGGUUGACCACGACGUCGCGGCGGAUGAAUUUCGGUCCGCUCUACUCGAGGACUUCCCGGCUCUGAUUGACGCUCGCGUAACACGCACCGACGCUAAAGAUUUAUGCGCGCAGGGCUCCACACUGGCGGACCAAACGGCGAGUUCGUCUAUUGCUGCGGUUGAUUCAACUGUCGAUCAAGGACUCUAUCGGUCUUCGGAGUGGCAGGUGCCUGAAGACGACCUGGUUGAAGUCGCGGACAGUACCAAGGGCUUCCCUGCCAAACGCUGUCGAGCAGGGCGUGGGGCGGCGGGGGGGUUUGUGUGGAAGAUGCAGUUCUGGACGCGGGAGGGGAACGUCGUGCCCAUGACCCCGACGUCAAGCAGCAUCAGGGAUGUCACGCCGCCUGCAGCUUUGACCGUCGACUAUUCAAGACUCGAGGGAAUCCAAGCUGUCGCUGAGAUCGUUGAUUCGCAGUGCUUCUCGUUGGCUUUUGGCGGUGCUGGGGCGUCGUUUACAGGCCCAGGAGGAGCUGGAUACGUUGAUUCUUCUCUCUUGGUAGCGCCAGCGUAUGCAGACGAGCGAGUGACCGACCUGUCGGGCGGAAGUGGCGGUGCUGGAGGUGGACGGGAGCCGUUCGACGUGUUUCCAGUAGUGCAGCCCACCCAGGGCGGUGCUGGAGCUGGAGCAAUAUUCCUAUCGGCGAUCAACGACGUCCUCAUCGGCCCUAACGCCACAAUCUCUGCGAACGGGGGGAACGGGAGCUCCGCGUAUACCCCAGGAGGGGGCGGCUCGGGUGGCACAGUGCUGAUACUAUUGGCGGACAUGGAGGACAUGAACUCAUCGCUGGGGGCGUUGGCGGAGGAGGGGGAGGCAGUGGUGGACGGAUCGCCAUCUACGCGCAGAGUUAUUCGUCCUGGGGAGAAGGGAGUCUGCAAUCAGCCCACGCGCAUCUCGUACUUCGUGCGGGUGGGAAACCUCGAGCGUGGUUCGUUAGCCACAAACCGAGGCGCCAUCUUCGGAAUCCUCAGAAAUGCCUCAGCUCAAGUGAAUGACGAGAUCAUGAUCGCAAUCGCGAUCGUGGACGGCAGCUUCAUGCACGAGGCCAACACGUACCAAUGGCCUCGACGCGUUUUCCAGGACAAGGUUCAAACGGAUCGUUGGUACAAACUGGACGUGACUUUGGACUGGCAGACGCACACGUACUCGAUCCGCCUCAACGACGUGUUGAAGGUGAACGCAGCGGCAUUCCAGGGCGAGAGCGUAGCGGCCUUGAGUCUCAGCAACUUCCACGCCAUGUCGACGUGGUGGGACGAACUUUACGUGGGGAACGACUAUCUCCUGGGCUUCACCUGUCCGUGGAUCCGACAAGUGGCCGACACGGCCGCUGCAGACGCUGCGGGGGUGAAUGACGGCGCAGUUCUCACGACCAAGCGAGCAUGGCGCAAAUUAUGGGCAGCGAGCUACCAAACCCCGUCGACCACGACGUACCACCCGAUGGUUCACCACGAAAGCCACUUGUCGAGACAAGAAGUGUACUCGCACGACAACGGUGGCAUCAUCCCCUUCGACGGAGCUCCGCAUCGAGCGUUCUUCAACGAUGUUCGAGAGCAGGAGAGCGAGAAUCCCGACCAGAGCAGCCACGAGGAGCUACAGGCUGAAACUUUAGCGGGGGAUGAGGACGAAGAAGUCAUUUCCUACGCCGAAUUGUUGACGAUCGAGGGCCUCCCGCUCGACAAUUCCAUCGUGCAGCCUCUGGAGACCGGAAUCGACUGGGAAGCGCGAGUUGGCGCAACCAGUACCGAUACUGCAACCCCGGACUCCGACGUUCCUCCCCAUCCAAGUGUUUACUGGUACUCCGAAGUGUUCAAUUCUACUACAGGGAGUGGGGCGAUUGGAGCGUGCUCCAGUAUCGACUACAACGAGUGGCGGAACGAAGGCGUGAUGCUGCACUUCACUAACCUGACGGACCCAUUUGGAGACCGACUGGAAGACAGCGGAGGACUGCUGGCAGAUCGACCCAAAGUGAUCUUUAAUCGGGCCACACAGCGCUUCGUCAUGUGGAUGCACGUCGACAGUGCUGUGUCCUCUACAGCGAACACGAUGGGGCUUACGGGCGUGGCCAGCAGCGAGUAUCCGAACGGGCCGUUCCAGUUCGUCCACAGCUUGUACCCCGACGCAGCGCCGCUGGAAGCCCCAGGAGGACAGACUGUGAAUGAGACGCAUGAUCAAACUGUGGCCGUGAUUCCAUCCGCUAGCGGCCAAGACGCAGCGUACAUCGUGCGGACGUACUGCAAGACGGUGGAGUAUUGGCUGCCUCGCCCCGUCAUGGAUCCGCUUUGGCAGAGCGUGCAGAAGCUCAGUGACGCAGGAGACGGAGAGACCGUGGCGGACUUUGGACUGAGCUACCAUCGAGCGUUCCACCACAAAGGGUACGACGACCCGACGGACAUUUAUCUGCAGCGCUGGCGCAUGGAGGACACGCCCUGGGAAGUGAUAUGCUGCUCCCUGGUGAACGCGAGCGACUGCGUGUCCGUGACGGAGGUGCCGCAGAAACCAGAGGACGUUUGCCCCGACGGGAUGAAGAAGAAGGCGAUUUUGGGCCAGGCGCAGACUCAAUCGUCCAAUUCUUCAGCGUCCGCCAUCGUGCAGACCCGCUACAAGGACCCGAACGACGACGCCAACAGCGCCUUUGUGCCUACUGCGUCCGUGCGAGCUUACACGUCGUGGGGAUUUCAGGUUCUCAACACCAAAACGUGGCGAGGCAACUACUUCGACGCGCUCAGCACCAACAUCACGCUCUUCAUCUUCAAGCGGUUCGCCGGGGAACGCCGACGCCGCGAGAUCGACCAAGACCCGACUAUCCAGUACACGUACCCGAACGAGGAGGAGCUCACUCAGAGCGUGAUCCCUGCUAAUGACACCGAGAUCCUCGACGAACUGCUGGGCACAUUGGGCGUGCCUGUGAGUCUGGCCUUCAAGAGCAAGUACUCGUCCUUCGACCUGGCCGAGAUCGAUCGCGAUGGCGACGGGAAGGUCACGUCCUACGAGAUCGCGGAGCUGGAGCAGCAGAAGGCGCUGAAGCAGCUCACGGACGAGCUGGUGGACGCUCUGAUCGCGGACUUCAACGUCAUGAAGUGGAGCCAAGUGGACAUUCUGGACGCGGACAGCGACGGCUUGAUCACGUUCGACGAGUUCGAGGACUGGCUGGGGCUGGACCCGAAUCUGCUCUUCGACCGCUUCGACCUGGACAAGAACGGCUACCUAGACGAGAAUGAGCUCGCUCGGUCGCUGUGGUACCGUCAGAUGCCGCGGUUGGACGCUGCGAUCUUCAUCCUGGACCCGUCUUUCGAUGGCCGAGUGUACUACGAGCGCUUCCGGUCGUUGAUACUGCAGGCCCCCGACUACAUCUUCAAGACGUACGACUUCGACAGCUCUGAUACUCUGUCGCAGUUCGAGGUCGACCUGAUGGUGAAGGAUCUGGGCUCCGCCUUGGCACGUCCAGAGGUGCUGAAAGGGCUCAAGAAUACUACAUCGAACAGCAUCACCAAGGCGGACUACGCCGCGUGGUUCAGCGCCACAACGAGCCUCGUGGACGACGCUCGUAACAAGCUGAAGGUGGACAACGCCGUCCACGCCACGGGUCCAGACCGCCUCACUGGCCCAUUGCACGUCGUGGAGCGCCGUCGAGCCAAGUACGUGGCCAUCAGCGCCCUCACAGACGACUACCUCCACACCCGCGGGUUGCUACGAGAAGUCGAGGGCGACUUUGAAGGAAGAGAGGCGCUGCUCAACUACUUCGCCUUCAGUGAAGACCUCUUUGGGCUUGCGGACUCGGCUGACGGAGCGGUGCUGGGUGACGAGGUGAAGCCCUUCCGGGAGUUCCUGUCCCCCGCGACGCUGCGCGAUCGCGCCUCGUACUGGAACGGCCGACACUGGGAAGGUCGGCCUUCCGCUCCAGCGCUGUCCACCUACGGGUCCCAGUGCUUCCAGGUCGCGGGACUGGACGGGUCUGCUCUGGACGAGCAGUCGAGUGGCUGCCUGCCGUGCCGCACGACGUCGCCCUACGCCUCGGACGUGGUGGGCCACUACCAGACCUUCGCUCGGGGCACGCCGCAGUGCCAGCCGCACAAGGAGCUGGACGCGUACAUCAAGGAGUUCGACCAGCAAGUGUCCAUCCAGCUGCAGUACCAGCAGCAGGCCCAGUUGGGCCCGCAGGGCCUGCAGCAGCACAUGUCGCCGUGCUACAACCAGUCGCAGUUCUUCCCGUGCGACGUCCACAAGGUGCUGGACGGCAACGUGGCCGACACGCUCCGCAGCUGGACGGAGCGCCAGAGUCCGCAGAACUUGGCCUGGGAGCAGCACCCGAACAACGUCGGCUCCUCGGUCAAGAUCCGCGCCGACGACUUCCGGCUCAAGUCCACGGGGCCGUCCUACAUCGAGCGCUUCCCGCUGCGCGAGCGCGAGCCGCUGAACGCCGACGAUCCGGUGAACAGCCUCACGGUGUAUGAACCCGACGAGCUCGCAGACGUGCUGGGCGGAGGAAGGUGA